GCCCUGAUCGUCCACCAAAAGAUUCACACUGGAGAGAGGCCCUAUGAGUGUGAUAAAUGCAAGAAGAGAUUUCAGACCCGCUCCAAUCUCCUCCUGCACUAUCGGAUUCACGCAGAAGAGAGGCCUUUCUGCUGCCCCAACUGCGGGAAGGGAUUCAAGGACAACUCCACCCUCAUCCAGCACCGUAAAAUCCACACUGGGGAGAAACCCUACAAGUGUGGGCAGUGUGGGACGAGCUUCACACGGAGCUCCACCCUGAUCAGGCACCAGUUGAUCCACACUGGGGAACGGCCCUAUAAGUGUGGGCAAUGUGGGAAGGGCUUCAGUCGGAAGCCCAUCCUGAUCCAGCACCAGAGGACCCACACUGGGGAACGGCCAAACAAGUGUAGGGAAUGUGGGAAGAGCUUCAGUCUGCGUUCCAAGUUGAUCAUCCACCAAAAGAUCCACACUGGGGAGAGACCUUAAGAGUGUUGUGAGUGUGGGAAGAGAUUUCCGAUUACCUCCCAUCUCCUUGAGCAUCAGCAGAUUCACAUGGAGGAGAAGCCCUUCCGCUGCCCCGACUGCGGGAAGGGAUUCAAGCGCAACUCCAGCCUCAUCAGGCACUGGCGCAUUCACUCUGGGGAGAGGCCCCACGAGUGUUCUCAGUGUGGAAAGAGCUUUUCCAACAGCUCUCACUUGACCCAACACCAAAUGAGCCACCGGUAAGGGAAAUCCUAUCAGUGCCCCAACUGCGGGAAGAGCUUUGUAUGCUGCUGUAACCCCAUCCUCCACUGGAGAACCCACAUUGGGAAGAGAUGUGGUGACCCAAAUUUUCUGUGAUCCAUGUUGGAAAGAUAGCUGGAUGCUGAUGCUUAUCCUUUCGUUUGGCCUUAAUUUUCUUGUAAUUCAUCUUCAUCCCAUAAAAAGAGCCAAAACAGGGUUAAAAAGCAAUAAAUUGAACAAAGAUGUCUAAAUUCCCACCA